GUGAAAGCAGCAGCUUCUCCUCCGCGUCGCUGUGUUGACACAUCGAGCUGCAGUCAGUGCAGAGGAAGUGUCUGAGGCGCUCACACGUCCAGUCGUCCUGAGGGAACAUGACGCCUCCAGCUGUGCCUCUGCUGCUCGGUGUGACUGUGCUGUGGAUGUGUGGACGGGCUGUUUCUGAAGUCUCUCUGAACCUCAGUCCGAACCGUCUCCAGUUCUUCAGUGGAGACUCUGUGUCUCUGAGCUGUGUUGAAGGUGGACAGACAGUUGAUGGGACGGUGAGAAGGACCAGAGGAGGAACCACUGACCGCUGUGGACCAGCCGGUUCUGACUUUGGCCUGUUCCAGGACUCCUCCUGUGUUCUGGACCUGUUGUCAUCCUACACUGGACUCUACUGGUGUGAAACCAGUUCUGGACGGAGCGACCGGGUCCAGAUCAGCGUGUUCCACAGAGAAGAGUUUCCUUUUAUUCUGGAGAUCCCUGCACAUCCUGUGACGGCAGGAAGUGAUGUCACUCUGCGCUGCAGAAACAAAGAUGGCUCCUUACGUGCAGCUUAUUUCCUCAAGAACAACGCAGCCACUGGAGACGGGCUCAAAGUCCAGGAGUUGAGCAUCAGAGCGGUCCAGCGGUCUGAUGAAGGCCUCUACUCCUGUUCUACAGACGUCUCUGAGCCGUCUCCUCAGAGCUGGCUGAGGGUCAGAGAUCCUACAGGAACCUCUGCUCCACCCUCCACCUCCUUCCGCUCUUCAGCUGUGACGGAUCCCUCCUGUCCUUCCUCAGCCCCCCCUCCCCCUCCUCCUCCUCCUCCCCCUCCUCCCUCUCCCCCUCCUCCUCCUCCUCCCCCUCCUCCCCCCUGUGUCUCUCCCCUCAGGCUCGUCCUCCACCUCCUGUCCUUCUCUCUCUACUGUUUCUGCACUGGCCUGUUGGUGUCCAUCUGCUGCAGCAGGAGGAUGGAGGACCAACUCGUCGUCUCCAUGACGACGAGUCGUGUGGGAGGUGCCAGUCUGGAGGAAGAGGACCAUUAUGUCCUCGUUCAUGGAGCUGAGGAGCAACUGGACCCACGCUGACAAAAAACCUAGUUUCUAAAGCUUUAAAAGUUUUAAACAUUUACUUUACGUUCUCCUCUGGAACUGUUUGCUGUUUGUAAAUUCAUUCAGUUUAUUUAUAGACGAUGUACAAAUGGCAACUGUAAAUAAAAUGUGUCAAACAUUUAAA